GUAAAAACGCGUCUCCGGACCGGGCGCAGUGCGCGUAUCGUACCUCGUACCGCGCGGUCGUGCGUUAGUGAAUAGUAUACGCUUAUACUAUUAUAUAGUGUGUCACCAGUGUGGUGGAAAACGGAUCAUCUUUGUAUUUUUUUUUUCUAACUUAACUUCACUAGACCUAUAUUUAAUAUGUAAGGAUUUUUAAUCAUUAGUGUGUAAAUCCAUCGUACGUGGACGUACAUAAUUAUUAAUGUUAUAAUUAUUUUUAUCACAUCAAAACGUUAUAAAUAAUAAUGGACGAGGAGACAGCGUUGGUUUUGGGCGUGCAACUAUUGGCCCUGUGUUGCAUAGCGUGUUCUCUGGUGCUAUACUUGUUGCGAAAAAUGAGCAGGAAAACCGUGGACGCAGUUCCGGCGCUUCGAUCAGUGCUAGUUACGUCGUGCGAGACGUCUGCUGGACUACAACUUUGCGACCGGCUGGCGGCUGCUGGUUUCCGGGUGUUUGCCGGCUACAAGCCGGACGUCCGGUCAGAUGCGGUCGAGUCGUCUGAUUGCAUACUGCCGUCAGGCCCAUCAUCUGGAGCCUGCGCUUUGCUUCGUUCGCGCGUCAAGCAGCGUGAAUCUGCCUCCACGGACGUGGAACGAGCACCAGGAGGUAUCGUGUUUGUGCCAUUGGACGUGACUCGCGAGGAUUCAUUGCACGAGGCCGUGAUUACUGUCAAAAGGCAUCUGCCCGCCGGGGAAGACGGUUUAUGGGCUGUCAUAAAUACCGCAGAUGUAUGCCUGAAGGGAAGAAUCGAAAUGCAGGAGAGCGUUCAAUGGGAGACGUUAUUCAAGACUAAUGUUUUUGGAACACUCAAGACGGCCAGAACAUUUUUCCCACUACUAGUGAGCCAAAAAGGUCGCUUUAUUAACUUUGGUACAUCCAACGGACAUCCUCGUCGACAAGGAAUGACUGCGUUCGAUUCUGCGCGCCAUGCCGUGGUUGGUGCUAGUACCUCGCUAAGAGAAGAUUUGAAGGAUUCUGGUGUACAUAUAAUCGUUAUAAACACAAAUAACAUUCAGCCGGAGCACAUGUUCGAACCAGUGCGGUCAUCUGGAAAAGCUAAUGAACAAACGCUCAAUGAAACGUUUAUGAAAACAAUUUUACCUGAGUAUGCCAUACAUACACUAUUGGAUGCUCUACUCGACCCCAAUCCUAAACCUGUGUACGCUUUUGAAAAACCAUCGGUGUUUAAUUACAAUAACUUUUCAAAAAGAAUUUUGAAAUCCGAACGCUACGUUGGAUAUGAAAAUAUUUAGUUAAAAACUCUUGACCCAAUUUCAAAAUAAUGUACAAAUUCUAACAGACCAAUUAUGGUUUUAAUGGAAUUGAAACUAAUCAAAGUUAUAUAAUUGUUUUAUUUUAUUAUCAUAACAUAAAAUGCUUAAUAUUUAAAUGUCAUCCAAAGAACAUUAU